AUCGGCUUUCGAAAGUGCACAGCGCCGCCUGCUCUCGUGUGUCGUCUGCUCCUCAGCAAAGGCCGGUAACUCGGGCAGGACUGGCGCACGGGGCGGGAACAGCUAUUGAGGACACCAGCGUGCUUCGUUCUCGCGAGUGUGUGUGUGCAUGUGUGUGUGUGGCACUCAGUCCUCCGCGGUAUUUCAGAAAAAAAAAGUAGCGGCUGUCACUGCGCGAGCACAGCCGUCGACGGUGUUACCGGGACAGCACGAGCCUUGCCCACAAAACGUGCCAUCGAUGGCUCCCUGAGCUGUUCCGUCAAAGGCUCACGCAGGUUCCGGUGGACAGAGUUAUGCACCAGAGUGUCGUCUGGCCUUUUGUUUUCCCUGCUGGAACAGUUGAGUCGCAAUGUGGCGCAAAAGCAGUUCGGUUAUCGCCAAGCUCCUGUGCAUGUGGGUCUUUAUGGGAGCUUAUCAGUUCUGGAGUCGAAGCCUGUCGCCAGGGAUCGCCAGGACCAAACUUGGCGACAUUCGCCACGCAGCAGACGACAGACGACGAACGGCAGACUUGAAAACUUUGGAAGCCGAAGACUUGAACUUUCAGGUGGAAAAUGCAGGUUUCUUUAAAGGACUCGAUCGGACGUACCCAGAGAGCCGAGCCACUUCUCGACACCUGCUGGAGCUGGUCAACUGCACGCCGCGGGCCGUGGAACAGUUUCCCUGGGACUUCUUGACCCCGCAGCAGCGCAGAAAUGGCGUCAUCAUUGUCCACUGCAUCAUCGCCCUCUACAUGUUUCUGGCGCUGGCCAUCGUCUGUGACCGUUACUUUGUCCCAGCACUGGAGGUACUCUGUGAACUGCUGCACAUGGAGACAGACGUAGCUGGAGCAACCUUUAUGGCGGCCGGUAGUUCGGCACCAGAAUUAGCAACAGCCAUCAUCGGUGUCUUCGUAGCCAAAGAUGACGUUGGCCUCGGGACGGUGGUAGGCUCAGCUAUAUACAACGUGAUGUUUGUCAUCAGCAUGUGCGGUCUCUUCGCCACUUCCGGGAUGAAACUCCACUGGUGGCCCAUGGUACGGGACUGUAUCGCCUACCUCCUUAGUGUCGUGGCUCUCAUAGCCGUCAUCGCCGAUGAGCAGAUACAGUGGUACGAGUCGGUAAUCCUGCUGUUGAUGUACGUGCUCUACGUCGUCUUCAUGUAUUUCAACGAGCGCAUGGAGGUUUACUUUGUUCCGCGCUGCACCUCCUGCUUCCGCAGAAGCGACUCCAGCAACCUGCACACGGAGACGACCAUCCUGUACAACAAGGUGCCCAACAAUGGCACACAGCUAGAGAAUGGAGAGACAACUCAUCUGACAGAGGCCCGUGAGUCUGAGGAAGGUUCUGAGUCAGAGGACAGUGCUGAAUACUCCCUCCCUCCCAAGCAAACUACACACGCUCACCAGGAGGCUGAGACAUUCCACAAGCUUUGCGAGAGGCCGUGGCCUUUUGUGGUGCUUCUGUGGGUGCUGGGACUUCCGCUGUCGGCCCUCAUGUUUCUGACAGUGCCAGACUGUCGCAGACCUAGCUGCCGGAAGUUCUUCUGGUUGACCUUCCUUUUGUCGCUCGUCUGGCUUUCACUGUACUCUUUCAUUAUGGUGUGGAUGAUUACUGUAGUAGGUUACACGUUCAACGUGCCAGACAGCGUCAUGAGUCUGACGUUCAUCGCCUUCGGCGUCAGUCUCCCUGAUGUCGUGACUAGCGUCUUGGUCGUUAGAGACGGACUUGGUGAUAUGGCCGUCUCCAACGCAAUUGGCAGCAAUGUGUUCGACAUAUUGGUUUGCCUUGGUAUUCCAUGGUUCCUGAAGACCUGUGCCAUAAACCCUGGGUCACGUGUACCGGUUUACAGUGAAGGAUUGAUGUAUUCUAGCCUCAUGCUGCUGUCCACCGUUGUCUUUCUGCUGGUUGCCACACAUCUCAACGGCUGGCGGCUGACCAAGAAGUAUGGUUUACUGUUACUGGUUGUCUACGUGUUGUACACUGUCCUCGCGUCUCUGUACGAACUCAACAUCUUCGGCUACUUCCAUCCCUCCGAGUGUCCCAGUGAUUACUGACAUUGCUCAUCCUCGAAAACCGAACGAUUCCAUUUCUCGAUGUUUAAAAAAAAGGAAGUCGAGACUCAAAGUAAGAGAGUUGCUGAGGUUUUCAGCUACAUUCCAUGCAGACUGCGUACAUACUGGUGGACAUUUUUGUUGCUAUCACAUGAACAUUUUGUGAAUUGAAAUAUUUUAUUGAUUGUUUGAUGAUUUUUUUCAGUUCCAGCGUAUGAUUCAAUUUUACGCUUGCACUGACACCCAGAAAUCUUAGCCAAAGACUGGCAUGCAGUUGUUUCAGUUUUUACCUGUCUUAGAGUUUAUAGCUUAUCCACUUGAUGUGAAUAAUAGCAAGCCUGUGCGGGGUAUCUGAUAUCAUGCAUCCCAUAAUAUGUAGUUAAAAACAAAAAUAUUCUUUUGUUCGGCUAUACUAUUUUGACAGAAGUUUAGCCAGAUGAAAUGUAUAAUUUCAAAUUGAUAUUCUUAAUCUGUUACAUCCAACAUGUCAGCAUGUCAGGUGACUGCAAUACUGUUACCCCUCGUGUACAGCAAAGCUAUGAGUGUACAGAAAUGCCAUGAGUGCCUCUGGAGAAAAUACGACAAACUUGAAGCCAUUCUUACGGGAAGAGGGCAGUGUCCUCAAACGAUGUUACUUGAAAUUGUAUGAAGCACGAUAUUUGUAUUGACAUGUUUAUUUUUGGUGUCCAUGAAUAUUAACCCCUUUGCCAAGUAUAUGGAAAAGUAUGCCAAGGUAUUAUCAGUUUUAUUAUUUUAGGAACCUGUAAUGCAUAAUCGUGUUGUAUUUCAGAGGUUUUGGGGUUGUUGUUUAUUUUUUAGGUUUACUAUUUUAUAUUGGGGAGGGAGAUCAGAGUUUGAUGACAGUUUACUCUCAUUGCAAAAUUAUGCGACUCUGAACUGCGAUCAGAUACACUGUUACACCACGGAUAUUUAAAUGAGCAUUCCACAUGCGAAGACAUCAGUGUAAAGGGAGUGAAGUAAUGGCCGGUCGAAAAAAAAUACACGGUUACUUCCCUUCAUGCAGCUAUCACCGUGUGAAAGACUUACUGCUCCUCCUGCCCCUCUGCCCCUUUCCCCUACCGUGGGGAAGAGCUGUAAUGUACUUGAUACCACCGCAUCCGUAGGCGUUUAUUUUUAAUAAUGUGUGAGAUUGUAGUAUAUUUCACUGCUUUCCUCAUUUGUUUUUGUUGACUGGUAACAUCACGUCUUCCAAUAACUACACGAUUCUGCAAUCACUUUGAGCUGUGUUAAUGAGUUUCAGUAGCUGAGUCUUUCUUUCUGGCACACUAAACUCAAAGUACUGUGAUUAGUUAGCAGAUAAUUUUUAUUUCAUUGUUCUCGGUGGAUACUGGAAAGAAUCUAUUGGUGUGAAAUGUGGGUUUGUGCAAAAACAGACUGCAAUAUUUAGCUCUUUGCGAGCGUGUGUCAGCGUGCAUGAGUGUUGUUUAUUAGAAAAGUACCAACAGUUUGAAAAUAUUGUUAGUUAUAACUAUAAUUCUGCAAAAGUAUUAAAGAUUUUUUAUUCAGAACAAGCGAUGAAAAUGCACCUAGGAUUAAAUAGCUUAUUUCAACCUUUUUCUUUCUCUCUCUUUUUUUUAAAUAUUUAUUUUUCAAUCUUUCCUCUAUGGUGUAAACAUCUCAGUUUAACACUAAGGGACUCCAAAUUAUUUGCCGAGUGGUAAACUCCAAGGAAAUAAAUUCUAUCCAUCGUUAUCAACUAAUAACAAAUCAGUCGCCUGUUUCCUGCCCUUCGAUGAUCACCCUUGUUGAAACUGUUUAGAAAUUUGAGUUUAGUAUGGAAGGGUAAAGUGGAAGCAAAUACAGUUGUCUAUCUUGCUCAAACCUACAGUAUAUAAAGAAGCAUUUACAGGUAAGCUGUUUAAUAGUGUUUUAAAUCUUUUGACUUUUUAAACUUAUGUAUCCUAGACCAUAGAAAGUGCAAUAAAUGUGAUUUAGUUUGUGCUUUGUAUUUCCUCUUCUCUAAUGCUGAUAAUGCGAAUCCAAAAAUAUGUUACAAAGAGGGCUUUGAUCGGAAUGUUUGCUGCUGAUUUCACUGUCACUUUUCACAGAAAUUAUUUUGAACCACAUAAUCUAGACAUUGUUGAACCGGGUAAAUAAUAGUGCGGCUUGGUUGUAAAGUGUACAGGAUGUGUACCCUAAUAUCGAUCUCAUUGUUCAUUUGAUUUGCUAGUGAAAUGAACUUUGAUUAUUAUCCUUAACUCUCACUUUCCGCAUCCAACCUUAACUUCUUUUGUUCUUUCAGAGCGCGCUUGUGUGUGUGUGUGUGUGUGUGUGUGUGUGUGUGUGUGUUCGUGUUUGCUAGGGUUUACCUGAUUUUGUGUGUGAGUGUUUUUCGUGGGAAAGAUGGGAAGAUGCUGGAGUUUAUAUGUGUUUCAUCUGACAUUUCUCACAGAGACGCAGUGCCUUCACGCUAAAGCAACAUAAGUGCCUUAACUCAAGCAAAUACAAGUGUUUACUGUCAUAAAUGUAGCAGAUGCACACCAUGUCUCUUCCAAGUUGUAGAUGGAGGUAUUGGUCUUAGUGGUGUCCUCUUUUCUCUUUUUAUCUCUCUUUUUUAACGAAUGGAGGGUUGAAGUAGUAAGAUCAUUUAUUUUUUUAAAAAUACCUCCUGGCGGCGAAUCUUCGUUGCCUGGCAACUGAAGCUUAAUUUAUCAGGAAGAGAAAUAUGCAGUUGUUCACCACUUUCACCUGGCCAAUUGUGAAAUUCGCAGUCAUGUGACUUUUACUGUUUUGAGCAGACUGCCUUUUUGUGUAUGACAAAAGUGAAUGUAUGCAAUGGUGUCUCUGAGUGUAUUUCUGUGUAAACGCAUGUCUGUAUUUAAGUGUAAUUGUGUGUGUGCUCGCGCUUGCAUGUGCCAGUGCAUUUCUUUUGCUUGUCACCGACACCAACGAACUACAAAUUCUUUAAAAUGGAGGAAAGACAAGAAUGAGCAUGCCUGAGUCACAGCGUGGCUGUGUAACCGACCUCACGAUGCGCACAGUUAGUGUGAAGCUUGUCUCGUGCGUAUGUUACUUUCAUGCCUUGGGGCGCACUGUGAUUAUCACACACAUACUGUGAAUGUUCUCUCAGAGAGUGUAAGCUGCAGUUAUAACUGUUUUUGCUCUUCGUCGCUGUUCUCUUUCAUUUGGGCGAACUGGUCUUGAUUUUGCUGAUUCAUUCCUACAUAUCGAUGCAUGAAACAUGAUGAACAUUAAAGAUUUACACAAAGC